GCGUUAAAAAAUUGAGCGAGAGAGAGAGACGGAGCAAUUGAGAGUGAGCGUGACCAGACAGUCACUCUCUGUAUGACUUCCAUUCUCUCUCUAACUUUUUCCUGGAACUUCCGCUCUACUCUCUGAAGCUUUCCCCUUUCACCUCUCUCUUUCUUUUAAUCUUUCUCUCUCUACGGUCUUCGCUUCAAUUCUCUUUCGAAAUUCCACCCUUUCUCUCUCUAGAAUCUUCGCUCUAACGUUCAGUCCCGCUCUGCAACUCCCAGUAAAAAGAGGAAUGGGAAGAAAACCUCGAACGAGAGGACCCGGCAAACCAGUGAUAAACCCUAGAAUCGUAUUCCACACAGUGCUUUUCACCUGCUAAUCCAGCUCCUUAUUUUCUUUAAAUCCGCCUAAAAUGGAGGCAAUCAUGGUGUCCUAUGAGAUCAGAGCUUGUGGGGUAGUCUAGUUCUAGUUCACCGUCAACGCCAUUGCUCUUUGUAACAUUCCUCUUCUUCUUCGUCUCCUCCUCUUUUUUAUCUUCUUCUUCUUCAUUGAAGAAGAGAGCAUCUUCUUUGAAACAGAGAGAGAGAUAUGGAAAGUUGCAGAGCUUGGGUCAGGUUUGGGAGUUCAGAGCCUGCUAGAAAGAGGAGUGCAGUUUUAAGGACGAAACAGGCAGGAAGAGGAUCUUGCAGAGGAAGCUAGUGUUUUGGGGUUUUCAAUGAACAUGGCCGGAUAUUGAAGCUGGUGAUAGUUAUUCUGCGUGUUUUUUCUGGCAUAGUGACCAUGGGGCUUUCGUUGAGAGAAGCUCUGAAGAGCUUUUGCAGUGAGGGUGGGUGGUCGUAUGCUGUAUUUUGGAAGCAUGACUGCCGAAACCAAAUGAUAUUGAUGUUGGGAGAAGGAUAUUAUGAGUUUGGAAACCAUCCAGCGGUCUCUGAGUGUGCUACCAAUGCAGAUCCAGAUAUGCUUCUACAAGAAUGGGAAUCCUUUUUGAAUCCACUAGAACUCCACUCUAGUCUUGUUAAACAGCAAGGAGAGGACCAACUGCGCGCGGUUGUUGGCAAGAUGGUUGAUCAGAUCCAUGUUAUAGGAGAAGGAUUUGUUGGCCAUGUUGCUUUAGCGGGGAAACAUCAGUGGAUUUUUCGUACUGGAGGAAAUUCAAUGGGGCCUGCAGAUUUUAAAUCUGUGUCAGAGGUUGCUUCUGGAUGGAAAGAGCAAUUUUUGGUUGGGAUACAGACAAUUGCAGUCAUUUCUGUUUCACCCCAUGGUGUUGUUCAACUUGGAUCCACUCAAAUGAUUGCGGAGAAUUUGGAGCUUGUGAGUCAUGUGAGGAGUGUGUUUAUACGAUUAGGUAGGGUCCCAGGUGCUCUCCCUUAUAUGCAAAAACCAUGGAGCCAGAAGCUUGAGUUGCACAGCUCUCUUGGGGAAACCACUCCUUCAGAUUUUGACAGGAACUUCAAUGCUAAGGGGGUCUUUCCACCCUUGAUUGCUGACAUAUGGAACAAACCAAUGCUCAAAACUAUAGCUUCCGAAUCAAAUUAUCAAUCUCAACCUUCUUUCAAUGCCCUGUCUUGUGAUAGCAUUCCGGCCUGUGCUUCUGCAAGUCCACUAACCAGCAACUCUACUGGUUUAUCCCCAACCCAGUACUACAAUAACUCCUUACAAAAGGCAUUUGUUUCAGUGAAUCCAUCCAAUUCUGUCACUGUCCAAAAUGGCAUGGUUGCCACCGGAGAUGCCCAAGUGAUUAUGUCUGGUGGCUCUGGCCCUAUUUUUCCAUCCAAUAAUAAGUUUCCACUGUAUGAUAUAAGUUCAAUAAGUGGUGAUCGGUCUUUGGUUAUGGGUUCAGGCGCUGUUUGUAGCACUUCAUCUUUCAUGGAGCAAGAGCUUUUAACUGGGGUACAAAAUCAAGGGCUUGAAAAUAGGACGACUGCUUCAAGUAGCACUAGAAAUGGUAUGGAUUCUAUUUUUGAUUUGUCUUUUGAAAGAAACAGACAACUGGGAAGUGUACAUGGUCCAGGUUCACCUAAGUUUGGCAAUAUAAAUGGGACAGAUAUUACUCAAAUGCAAACAAUGACUGGAUUGUCAAGUCAAGAAGAGAAUCGUUUAUUUCAAUCCCCUUGGUUAUCAUUGGCUGGGUCAGGUGGAAAUAAUCCUGUUUCUUGCUAUGGGGAUAUGCCCUUGACUGAGAUUUCUCAUUCUGUUCAAAAAGGCCUUGUGGGUAAGUCAAAUUCCGGGAAAAGAAGUCCAGAAUCAUCACACUUGUCAUAUGAUGAAAACAGUGCCAAUAUCUCAGCUAAUAAUUGCUUGGAAUUUGUAAAUAAUGGGGAUGUUAAGGUAACUGAUGCACCACUGAGACAUUGUUCUGUGGACGAGUUAUUUGAUAGUUUGGGUUUUGACUUGGGAUUAAAUGAGUUUCAAUUCAAUUGGGAGAAUACGUUUGAGCAAGGGGAGGAUUCCAAACACUGCAAUUCAAGCACUGGCAUUUCCACCAUCUCUGAUCCUGCUCUUGAUGCGUUCAACAAGGGGAGAAUUGGAGACGCAUUUUUUUCCAAUACUAAGUCAGAUAAUCUUCUUGAUGCCAUGAUUGCUGACAUUCAUUCAGUCACUAAUGAGGAAUCUGAUGAGAACUUAUCUUGUAAGACUGCACUAACAAAACUAGGCAGCUCUUUUUCAUCUAUAUCAGAACAGAAGCAAGUUAGAUUAGUCGAUCUCUCUCAAGCUCCAUUAGAUGGGGACUCAAAGAGAUCGAGUGCUAUAUUUAACCCUAAAUUUAGUGUGGAUAAACUUACUGACUCUCAGACUGAUACGGUCUCGAGAUCUCCACUCAGUAACAUUUGUGUUGAGAAUGGUCAGAGCAUCAAGUGUGAGGAAACCUCAAUUUCCCAUGCCAAGAAGCUUGAAGAGCCUUUGAAAGUGAACAGGAAAAGGGCAAGACCUGGAGAAAGUACCAGACCUAGGCCUAAAGAUCGCCAGAUGAUCCAGGACCGUGUUAAAGAGUUACGAGAGAUUGUGCCCAACGGGGCAAAGUGUAGCAUUGAUGCUUUGUUAGAAAAAACUAUCAACCACAUGCUUUUCCUGCAAAGUGUAACGAAGCAUGUGGACAAAUUAAAACACACUGGGGAGCCAAAGAUGAUUAGCAAGGAGGGUGGUUUGAUCUUAAAAGAUAACUAUGAAGGUGGCGCAACAUGGGCAUUUGAUGUUGGCUCCCAACCAAUGAUCUGCCCUAUCAUUGUUGAGAAUCUGAAUGCUCCUCGUCACAUGCUUGUGGAGAUGCUCUGCGAUGAAAGAGGUUUCUUCCUUGAAAUUGCAGACAUAAUCCGAGGGUUGGGACUUACCAUAGUAAAGGGAGUGAUGGAAGCUUGUAACAAUAAGAUCUGGGCACGUUUUGCGGUAGAGAAAGUUAUUGGCUCAUUCAGGCAAACAGGGAUAUCACAAGGAUGGAUAUAUUUCUCUCUCUAGCCCCUCUCCUUGAACAGACGACAAAGAGUAGUACCGGCCCAAAGUGUGCAAGCUCUGUCUCUCGGGUUUUUAACGAUACCCCCCAAACUUCUAUACCUGUUAUGGGUUUGGCCAAGACUUUGCAUUGAGUUUUCUAAGGGUUUCAGAAACAUCGAGAGUGGGCUCUGCUUUUUUGCCUGCAAUGACUGGUGUUCUGAAAUCCGAUUCUCUUAAGCUAUAGAUUGAGUUUGGGCACUUAUCAAGUGUAAUUUUUUUAUGGUGGGACACUGUUUCUUGUUUUAAUCUUUGUUUUAAUUCAUGGAUCUUUUGUUUGUGAAUUUGAUGUUUUGUUUAAUUGGAUUUUGUGUGAAUGUUUGGAUUGGUUAGUUGAGCAUAAGAAAUUUUCUUUGAUGAGU